UGUCGUUUAACGUCUUAGCAAUAUCUCUGGGCAACGGGAAUGUGCCGAUGUCGAACCACAAUUUUCAAACACUCUUAAUCGUAACCAGAAAUCAGAAAACUACCGAAGCAAAGAUUCUGUAGUAGUUACUACAGUAGGCUAGUAUUAUUAGUGUGGUACAGACCAAUCAAAUCAAUCCGAAACCCAGUUUAGUCAACCAGAUAAAAUGGCUUCACCACCAUUUCCAUCGCCAAAACUGAGGCCUCUACUGAUCCACCAAAACAGAAGAACCAGAUUCCUUAUCCCAACAACAUGGAAGAAUCAUCUUCUUAAAUGGUGCAAGAACAACGAUGAUAGUCCUGCUUUUGGACUCACCCUUCUCCAUAAUCCUCACUCUCAUUCUCCUAAUCAUUCUCUUUCGAUUCGCCAUCAUCCUCUUCUUUCUUGCCCUCCUCUUUCUCCUCUGUUCAGACCUUAUCCACCUACUUUUCGACAUUCUCUCUCCUCCAUGACCACCCCUCCUCAGGCCACUCCAGACUCGACCCAAUCCACCUCCACCAAAACGGUGAGGGUUGUGAUUAAGGGUCGGGUUCAGGGCGUGUUUUACAGGAACUGGACUAUUGAGAACGCAAACCAGUUGGGUUUGAAGGGUUGGGUUCGGAAUAGGAGAGAUGGGUCCGUGGAGGCUCUUUUUUCUGGAAACCCUGACUCGGUCCAAGAGAUGGAACAGAGGUGUCGCCGGGGUCCUCCAUCAGCUGUGGUUACUGGGUUAGAGGUUUCUCCUAGCACUGAUGACCCUGGCACUGGGUUCCAGCGCAAGUCCACGGUUUGAUUCGAUCAAUUUACUAAUAAAAAUAAAACAUUAGAACUUUGGUAUAAGUUAACUAGUCUAUUCCAUGCUGUAAGAACAUGUUAAUGUGUUGUCCAAAACUUUGUACUCUUCAAUUGAGUAACAUUAUACAAUUAUUGAGAAUUUUGAUGACAGUAAAAUCUGUGUUUGUCAUUGCCAAUUGUACUUCUCUGUACUGAUAUGAAAUGUUUAGUGUUUACUAUCUU